AUGUCGAGGUCUCAAAUGGAGGCCAUGUUGGCAUUUGUCGGCCCAUCAAUCAUAGACGAAGAACAAGAACAAUCAUCAGAGAUGGAGGGAGAAGAAACGGGAUGGGAUGGAGGUGUUGGAGCUUCUGGUGUAGCUGUACCAGAAUAUUGGGCCAUCGAUCCUGCUCUCGAAAUGUCCGACAACAGCGAACCAGUGUGUGCUGGACCAGAGCGCUUCCAACGCUGGCCUUGCCCAGCCCUUUCAACAACUUUUGGUCCAUACCCACAAUUUGCUGCAGCGAUCAUCAAGCUUCGAGACAGAACUCCCUUCGCCAUUACUAUGCCUUCAGAGCUCUAUCUCGACAUCAAGAAGACGCAGAAAUUCCGAGACGCGAUGCCCGAUGUCGAUCUUGCCAAUAUGACUGGAGAUAACUUUGACGAUGACGCGAUCCCUUGGCCUGACUUUGAAAGUGUUGAGAAUCCGCCUAUUUCUGAAAAUGAAUUGGAUAGCAUUGGCUACAAUAUUGAUCUAACAGACUUCGAACUUACCGGUCCGAUUUUAGGUCCUGCGUUGUCUGAUGCUGAUUUUGCCGUUCAGAAAUUACAUCUGGAAGAAAAGAGAACGGCGGAAGAACCUUUUGAUGAUAUUUCAAUGGGCGAGAGUGAAAAGAAGUUCUUUACUGCUAGAGAACAGAGCUUCGAGGCUGCUAUGAGAGCUGGAGAAGGUGCAAGUAUACCACAAUGGACACAUCGAGGCUUCCGCGAUUUUGACGAUGAUGAUGUCGCCAAAUACGAUGGUCAAGAAAUUGACUUAGCUCUCAAAGACUACGAUGAUACAUAUCGCGCCAAUUACCUAAACUCCAAUUUCAAAUCAGAAGCAACAGUAUCUCUACCACCAACUCCCGGUGCCAUGACGAAUUGGUAUCGAAAAGGUCCAGUAGGACGUGGUCCAAAGCCUCCUCCAAAGCAUCAAGACGUUGCGGAUAGCCUUACCGAGGAUUAUAGUUGGCUUAUUCAAGAAGAAAGUCAAGAUAAAGCUGAUAAUGAAGAUAUUGAGAUGGGUGGAAUGAGUGGAAGUGGUCAAUUGAAUACAGCCGGUACGGGAGAGGUUGGUGAAGGAAAUACUGCAAGCGAUUCUCCUGGUCCUUCUGGAUACAAUUCUGGAACCAGUGAAGGAAGUGGCAUGAGCAGUGCAGCAGGUCCUUCAGGAUACAAUACUGGAUCGACUUCAAGAGAUACUUUUAGUAUGGGAGGAGGUGAAGAAAGAAGUGACAUGAGCGAUGCUGCAGCUCCUUCGAUAUAUAGUGACGGAUUUGCACUUGCCGCAAGAGCCACACCUUGCUAUAUCGACCCAACUUUACCCCGCACUGUCACCCCUUCAAACUACAGUCGUGGACAUGCCACAAGAUCCACACCUUCCUAUAUCGACCUUACUACAAAUCACAACGACGUCCUAUCCAAAUCCAACGCCAAGCCCACCACCAUCAACAAAGUUCCAUCUCGAGGUCAAACCAAUCAACAUAUAUAUACCACUGAAGCCACCGAAGCCACCUACGUAUCCACUACAACACCUACCAAGAAAGGCAAUUCGGUAUCGAUUUCGCGAGAAAGUGAAGAUGAAGACUGGGAGCCCGGACAGAAACAAAAAGUCAACAAGAAGGGAAUCACUCCUAAAAGUGCUGCGCCUAAUAAGACUCCUGCUAAAUCUAGAGCUAGAGCUAGAGCUAACAAGAAGCCGCAAGUUGUCAUUCCUAAAGCUGUUACCACUAGAGCUGCUACCACCACUAGGGCUGCAACUCCUCUGGUUAAAAAUCCCAAAACUGCAACUCUCAAGACCGCCACUCCCAACGCCAGAACUUCUAAAGUUUCUACCCCCACAACUACCAAUACGACCGCUAAACCCAUCAUGACCCGAAACUCCUCUCUCAAACAUAAGAAGAGCUUUUCUGCAGAAAAUGCUGAUGCUGCUGAUGCAGAUGGGAGCUGGGAGCCUGAUGACGAUGAUUUGUAUAAUGCCUGA